AUGAACCGCUUCCUCGUGAACAACUCCAACACCGCCGUCCAAGCAACGCAUCCUCUCAACGCCUCGCCCGCCAUGACUAAACACACCCCCGACUCCCACCGCUCCCGCGUCUCCUCGCUCUCCCUCCGUCUCCAAGCAAUGGAGCAAGCCGAAGCCCUAUCGCGCUCCCAAUCCCCCGCGCCGCCCUCCUCCAUGUCCGCAUCCAUCUCCGCCUCCACCGCGGCCGCCGGCUCGGCCUCCAAGUCCUUCCUCCUCGCCGACAUGAACGGCCGCUCGGCCGCCCAGAACCCCGUCUGCGAAUCCUGCUGGAACACCCUCCGCUACAGUGAGGUCCGCCAGACCGUCCGCGCCGCCACCCCGGCCGCCUGUAAGCUCUGCGCCGUCGCCGCCGGCAAGCCAGAGGCCUACACCCAGCCCUUUGUCGACUUCCUCUCCGAGAACCCCACAAUCUUCCACGCCGUCUCCUACUUCAAGGACAAGCUCUCCGCCGCGGGCUUCACCGAGCUCCCCGCCCGCGAGAGCUGGGCCUCGAAGCUCCAGCCCGGCGGGAAAUACUGGACCACCCGUAACGGCUCCGCCCUCAUCGCCUUCGCCGUCGGCCAGUCCUACAAGCCCGGCAACGGCGUCGCCAUCGUCGCCGGCCACAUUGACGCCCUCACCGCCAAGCUCAAGCCCGUCAGCUCCAAGCCCACCCGCGCCGGCUACCACCAGCUCGGCGUCGCCCCCUACGCCGGCGCCCUCAACCAGACCUGGUGGGACCGCGACCUCUCCAUCGGCGGCCGCGUCAUCGUCCGCGACGAGGCCACCAACAAGACCACCACCAAACUCGUCCGCCUCGACUGGCCCAUCGCCCGCAUCCCCACCCUCGCACCCCACUUUGGCGUCGGCAUGAUGGGCCAGAACAACCCCGAGACCCAAGCCGUGCCCAUCAUCGGUCUCGACUCCUCCGACGCGGACGCCGCCUCCGCCCACCCCGUCGAACCCCUCGGCCCCAAGGGCGCCUUCAUCAACACCCAGCCCCCCAAGCUCGUCAAGCUCGUCUCCAAGGAACUCGGCCUCGCCUCCCCGACCGAGAUUGUCAACUGGGAACUCGAGCUCUACGACUCCCAGCCCGCGCAGACGGGCGGCCUCGACCGCGAAUUCAUCUUUGGCGGCCGCAUCGACGACAAGCUCUGCUCCUGGGCCGCCCUCACCGGCCUCCUCGCCGCCGACGCCGACCCAAAGGACGGCAUCAUCAAGCUCGUCGCCCUCUUUGACGACGAAGAAAUCGGCUCCCUCCUUCGCCAAGGCGCCCGUGGCAACUUCCUCCCCCUCACCAUUGAGCGCGCCGUCGAGGCCCUCAGCGGCCACGCCGACGUCCCCUUUGGCACCGACGUCCUCGGCCAGACCUUUGCUUCCUCCUUCCUCCUCUCCGCAGACGUCACCCACGCCGGCAACCCAAACUUCCUCGGCCUCUACCUCGACGAGCACAUCCCCAAGCUCAACGUCGGCAUCACAAUCUGCGGCGACAGCAACGGCCACAUGACCACCGACGCCAUCUCCACCGCCAUCCUCCAGCGCGUCGGCCAGCUCAGCGGCGCGCCCACCCAGACCUUCCAGAUCCGCAACGACACCCGCAGCGGCGGCACCGUGGGCCCCAUGCUCAGCGCCGCCAUGGGCGUUCGCGCCGCUGACGCGGGGCUGCCGCAGCUGAGCAUGCACUCCAUCCGCGCCACGACGGGCGCGCUCGACCCCGGCCUGGGCGUCAAGUUCUUCAAGGGCUUCUUGGAUCACUGGGAACAGGUCGAUGGCGAGUGGCAGUAG